ACCUAUGCUAAUAUGCAUUCAAGUGAGAAGCAUCUUCCUAACAGCCUCUGAUGCAUGUGUUAGUAAUUUCAGCUGCCAUGGAUUUAAGUGUUUAUUAGCAUUUAGUUGUAGCUGAAAACACACUUGAGUGAAUUCCAGCUCAGAGGUGGCUGGCACACACACUGACCCAAAGUUUUCACCUUCAUUGGAUAAACAAAUGAGUACAAGGUUAAAUACAUUUAAUUAUUCAAGAGCUGUAAUAGUGCUGCUAUGGUGCUCAGGUGUGUUUUUGUCAUCUUGGCUGACUUUGAGGAUGAUACUUUAAAAAUAUUAACCAGGAGCAUCUUCAGCAUGCAUGGGGCACUUCUGGGUGUGCAGGGAAUGGUUCCAUAGUGAAGAAAGACAAUUUCUUCUGUAAUUUCCAGUGUGUAAAUCAAUUUGGGUUUGUUCAGUUCAUUUGCUUGGUUAUAUUGGGUGCUUUUAUACUGUUUUCAGAGUGUCUUGCAGUGUUUCUCACUUGUGGCUUUGCUGGCUUCCUGUCAAGACAGUAAGUGAAGUAGAAUUGCAGGAUGAUUUCUCUAGGCUUUCAAUGGCAUUUGAAAUAUCUCUUACAGCCACCUGGUAGAACAUCUAAAAACCAUUUAGCUCUAAAUAUUAUAUGAAUUUAAGGGAGUGCAUAUGGAGUCUUUGCUGAAAGAAACCAAAGCACAUAAAAAAAAAAUUUAAAAAUUUCCAAAGACCAUAAUUAGAAGAUACUUAAGGAAGGAUAAAAUGCUAGAAAUAUUUGUUCAAUCAUGGUGAGCUGUGACCAACUGUUCUGUCUCUAAUCCUUUCUCUCUUGUCCCUAUUACCCCCAAAAGAGGAGGAGAUGGUAAAAUAAAAGGAUAUAAUAAAAAUGACAGGUGCAAUCAAAAGCAGUCUCUCUGAAGGAAGAGAUUAAAGUAUAUGUAUUCUUCUGAGCAUUUGAGAUUUGGCAGUGCAUUAAAGAGAAGGCUGAAGGAGAUAGACUGAAAACAUUAUUUUCUUCUUGUUACAUAAGAACAAGGAGCCAUUCAAUUAAAUCAAAAACAACAGAGUUAAAUUGAUAACAGGAAGUGUGUCUCUUUGAAUGUUUUCUGUUUGCAGAUUUUUGCUACAAUGUGCCAUUGAAAGGGGAAGAAUAAAGAGGCCAAGCUUAGACCAAGAAUUUGGCAACGUGUGUUUUUCCCUGUGGUUGCUUAGGGAAUAUUUGGCCAUACAAUUGGCCAUGGACUUGUGAGGCUGAGGAAGGAAGAGGGAAAACUUCUGGCCUGUGGAGGAUAAGGACUACAUGAACAACAUGUUGGUACCAAGAACACGCUUUCUACAUGCAAGGGAGAAUUCUUCUCACUUCAAAAUAAAGUAUUUCUAUUGAUGCUGUUCUGUUUGGAAGAGAAAAGCAGAGGAAAUUGAUGUAGGAAGAAAGAAGAGUUGUAUGUGUGAAUAUGGGCUGGCCUGGCAGGGGGUACCCCAGUAAUCCUGGCAUCCCUGGCUCCUGCACCAGUGAGGAGGAGGGUGGUCCCCAUUCCCAAGCUUCCAGGGAUCUCCCUAGGGAACAUUUCUUGUCAUGGUGGUGAUUUGUGUGUCUUCUGCUUGAACUGAGGAAGUGAAAAAGGGCCAUGGGCAGAUGGCUGAUGUCAGAGUGCAUUUACCCUUCAAAUUGUAUUUACCCUUUUCUCAGAUGAGAACACGUUGUGUGUUUGUUGUUAAUUGUGUCGUAGCCAUCAUCUGGGUUAAUUUGUUUGUAAAUACAAUACUUAUGUAAGAGAAGCUGUAGCUGCAGCAGUAAUGUGGGUGCAAAGGUUCAGAGGCACAGUAUGGUUAAACUUCCAGGCAAUCCAGUGACCUGGGAUGGGCUUAUUUCUUCUGUGGCCUCAGUUCAGGCAACCUGCUGCUCCCAGUGCAGCAGAUAUCACUGAUGUGUUGCUCCAGUGUUGGAGCUGUGAGGUGGCAGCUCAGUGGAGCCAUCCCUGCUGUCUUGACAAAACCCUUUUUAAUUUUUUAAUUUUUUUUUUGAUUCCACUGUGUUUCUGCUGGGCUUGAGGAGGACUCUGCCCCCUCUGGGUUAAAUGCAGGUUGGUCUCAGAGACACGGUGUGGUCCCUGCACUAUCCUUUCUGAAUUGGCAUUUCUAAUCAGCAACUGAGGCAAUGUAACUGGGAAAAAGAACGUUUAACUUGGGGAAAGCAACUGGAAAAACCUAUAAGAGCAAGUCUGCUCCUUGGUAACAACAUCUCAAAACAAACAAAAUAAAAACAACGGCAGUGGGUCCUCAAAGUGAGAGGGGUGGAGAAAAACAGGAAAGGAAUAGGAAGCAGUAAGUGCCUUGGGAAGUGGAUGUUGAGCUGGGCUCUGCCUUUAUUUGCAGCAUCUUGGCUCCAGCAGGUUUCAGUACAAGUAGGCGAGCCAUGCAGGGAGCACUAGCAGAAGAUGAGCUGUUUAAAUGACUCCCAGCAGUGUGUUUCAUAAUGUUUUGUGCAAACGUGUUUAGCCCAAUAACUUCUGUUCUUCUGUUGCUGGCACGUGAUGUAACAGUACCAGGGACCCAGGGACCCUGUGGCUGCCUUGUCGAGAUUUUAUGGGAAGAGGGAAGGGCCUAAGUGAAACUCUGAGCUGGUGUGAGCAAAUCCAGCCGUGUCUUGUGAGGCUGUGCUGUGCAUCAGGUGCUGCUCCAGCAUGGGCAUCCCUUCAUCCCCACUCCAAUUGGGAUUUAUGUCUUUUCUCCUCCCUCUGUAAAUCUGUUGUGUUCAGCCUGAGUUUAGUGAGAAACACAAAGGCGUGGUGGGUCUUUCUAUGCGAAAUCUUCUUCUGUGAGGUUCAGAAAACUUUUUACUUAGUGGUGCUGUAAGGCAAAAAAACCAAUUUCAGUUUGUCCAUGUGCACUUUGAUAUUGUGGCUGUGUUAAGCUGAUACAUCUACACUAACACACAUUCCUCUUUGGGCAAAACCUGUUAUUGCCUUGUGCAUCCUUAAAAUGCCAUUAAGCUUAUUAAUUUAUUCUAUUGAAUAUAAUGAUGCUGAUAUUAUUUAUUUGCCAAUAUAAAUGGGAGAGGGGAGGAUUGUGCAGCUUUAGUUACAUGGUAAUGCAGUUAGAGAAUUUUUUUUGUAGAUUCCUGAACGCUCUGCAAGUGUGGCGAGGUUAGUCAUAAAGUUAUUUAAAUAAGUUAUUAAGUAACUGGUUAUGCAGCCUCAUUCAAAUUAAUGAAUGCAAGACUAGAUUUCUUUGAAAGCAGGCAGUAAUUUUUCUGUGUGGAUUAAUCUAACAAUCGUGCUCUGUUGCCUGUCCUGGUGUUUUUCCUAGUAAUCAGGAAAACAGUGGGAAAUAAUUUUUUUGUCGACUGUGCAAUAGUUUGUAGGUAAAUAUGCUGUUUAGGGAGCAGCCCUCAUGUAGUUAAUGGCUGUAUAUUUCUGGGGACAUGGAAUAAGGAUGAUUGCUCAGCUGUUAACCACGGAAGAGUCUGCAUGUGAAGAUAUUCCUGUGCACAGAGGUGUCCCUGUUCCCUUACGAUGCACACACAUCACCCUGGGGAUCGCUGAGGCUGUUCUGUGCAGGAGGCAUUGCUGAGAUUCCCCUUGCAGCAAUGGACUUGGAUAAGCACUCCGUGUGGGGAUCCCUCAAGCAGAAGACUCGGCCGUUCCUGCGAAACCUGAGCGUGAGGAAGACCAAGAAGAGGUCUGGCAAAAUGCUGGAGAGGAAGGGCCACUCCUUGGACCGCUGUCUCAGUGUGUCAGUGCCUGACAUGCUGGAGGUGGAGACUCUCAUGGAAGAAGAAGAAGAAGAAGAAACGACGUACUCGAGCGCUCAGGUGCUGUCGAGCUGCUCCCCCAAGAGCUUUUCCAGGUCCGUGGUGUCCCUGAAGAGCAGGAACGCGUCGGUGAAGGCAGUGGGAGAGGAGUGGCUGUGGGCGUCCCAGCAGGGCACACGGACGGAGGUGACAGUCACCCCCCCUGCCAUGCAAGCUGUGGGCAUCCAGCUGGUGUCCCCACGAGGAGCUGGGGCUGUGGGCAGCCCCGUGUCCGAGGGGAAGAGGAAAUCCAGCGAGGACCUCCUGGAGCUGCUGCAGAGCUCCCGCCUGAGCGUCGAGGGGACAGAGUACUCGUGUGGAGAAAUGGAUUUUGACUCCUCCCUAUCAUCUCAAAAUUUUGAUGACCAAAUGGCUCUGGAGGAAGCAAACGACUGCCUGAGUGACCUGCCCAGCCCCUUUGCCUACCUGCUGACCAUCCACCUGAGGGAAGGCAGGAACCUGGUUAUCAGGGAUCGCUGUGGUACAAGUGACCCGUAUGUGAAGUUUAAACUGAAUGGCAAAACCCUGUACAAAAGUAAGGUAGUAUACAAGAACCUCAACCCAGUUUGGGAUGAAACUGUUGUGCUGCCCAUACAGACCCUCGAUCAAAAACUCUGGAUCAAGGUGUACGAUCGUGAUUUAACCUCUUCAGACUUCAUGGGUUCGGCAUCUGUAGCGCUCACUGAACUUGAGCUCAAUAGAACUACUGAACAGGUUUUAAAACUGGAAGAUCCCAACAGUUUAGAAGAUGACAUGGGAGUGAUUGUAUUAAACUUGAGUCUAGGAGUCAAGCAAGGAGACUUCAAGAGAAAUAGAUGGUCAAGUCGAAAGAAACGAACUUCAUCCAAGUCGAGUUUCACGCGGAACAUGCGGCUCUCGGAGUCUCUGCGCAAGAACCAGCUGUGGAACGGGCUGGUCACCAUCACCCUCUUGGAGGGGAAGAACAUGCCCAGAGGGGGCUUGGCAGAGAUCUUUAUUCUCCUCAAACUGGGAGAUCAAAGAUACAAGAGCAAGACACUGUGUAAGAGUGCAAAUCCUCAGUGGAGGGAACAGUUUGAUUUUCACUACUUCUCUGACAGGAAGGAUAUGUUGGACAUUGAGGUGUGGAGAAGGGAUAACAAAAAGCAUGAGGAGCUUUUGGGAACAUGCCACGUUGACAUUACUGCCCUGCCAGCAAAGCAGACCAACUGCUUGGAGCUGCCUCUGGAAAAACAUCCAGGGUCCCUGCUGAUGCUGAUUGCUGUUGCCCCAUGUACAGGAGUGUCCAUCUCUGAUCUGUGUGUCUGUCCUUUGGGAGACCCCAAUGAACGACAGCAGAUUUCUCAGCGUUAUUGUAUAAAGAAUUCAUUUCGGGACAUAAAGGACAUUGGCUUCUUACAAGUCAAAGUUUUAAAGGCAGUGGACCUGAUGGCAGCAGAUUUUUCAGGCAAAAGUGAUCCUUUCUGUGUCUUGGAGCUGGGAAAUGACAUGCUUCAAACACACACCGUUUACAAGAACCUCAAUCCAGAGUGGAACAAAGUUUUCACAUUCCCUAUUAAAGAUAUUCAUGAUGUUCUGGAAGUGACAGUGUUUGAUGAAGAUGGAGAUAAACCCCCUGACUUCCUUGGAAAAGUUGCCAUCCCUUUGCUGUCUAUUAGAAACGGUAAACAAAGUUGUUACACACUGAAGAAUAAGGACUUGGAACGUGCUUCAAAAGGAGUAAUUUACUUGGAGCUGGAUGUCCUGUUUAAUCCUAUAAAAGCAAGUAUUAGAACAUUCAAACCCCGAGAAAAGCGCUUUACUGAGGAGAACCGCAAAUUUUCUAAAAAGAUCUUAUCAAGAAAUGUUGAUCGCGUGAAAAAAAUCACCAUGGCAAUAUGGAAUACAAUACAAUUCCUUUGGAGCUGCUUUCUCUGGGAGUCCACAGUAAAGAGCCUGAUAGCAUUUGUGGUGUUUGUGGUCACCGUCUGGACCGUGGAGCUGUACAUGGUGCCCCUGGCUUUGCUGGUGCUCUUUGCAUACAAUUUCUCCCUCGUCACAACAGGGAAGGUCAAUAAUGCCCAGGAUGCCCAGGAGCUUAUGGGCUUGGAUGAAGACGAGGAUGAAGAUGAUAAGGAAUCUGAGAAAAAGGGGCUAAUUGAGAGAAUCUACAUGGUCCAAGAGAUCAUCAUAACUGUUCAAAGCAUCCUGGAAGAAAUAGCAUCGUUUGGAGAGAGGAUUAAAAACACAUUCAACUGGACGGUGCCUUUCCUCUCUGUCCUGGCCUGCUUGGUCCUGGCAGCAGCAACAGUUAUUUUGUAUUUUAUACCACUGAGGUACAUUGUUUUAAUCUGGGGCAUAAAUAAAUUUACUAAGAAGCUUAGAAAUCCCUAUGCCAUCGACAAUAAUGAGCUACUAGAUUUCCUCUCCAGGGUACCAUCUGAUGUUCAAAAGGUGCAGCACGCUGAAUUGAAACCAUCCAGCAGCUCCAGCCCCAUCAGGAAGAAGCGGAGCACACUAUAGGAUGCAGCAGGGUUGGGAAUGCAGCACCUCCCUCCCUGCACAGGCGUGCACACACGGCUCCCCUCCCCUCCUCCUCGCUUCAGAACAACACUAGAGUCACUGCCACAGACUUUCUCUUUCUUGGAAGAUGUGGUUUUUGAUAAGCGCCUAUCUUGGGUUUCUUUUCUGGGUUGUCUUUUUGGCGUGGAAUCCCAAAAAAGAGCAAGGUGAAACGUGAAUUAGUUGUGGGAUGGGGAGGAGAAUGGGAGAGGAUGGUGCAACUGCACCUUUUAUUUUUCUUUUUUUUUCCCCCCCUUUGAUUGCAGAGACAAGGCUGGAUGUGGCAGCACUCCCUGUGUUAUGUAGGAAGAGAUAAUUCUGCUUAGUGUAGCAGAUCAGCUGAGCUGAUGUGAGGAGAUGCUCUGAACCAGUUUUUAACAUAUCCAACAGAUUUACAUUAAGAUAUGAAAGCUAUUCUUUUCUGAGUUAAAUCACUGUGCCUAGAAAGGUUUAAGCUCUGAAUUAACGAGUCUUUGAUACCCAUCUUCUGUUCAAGCAGUGUACAUUUUAAAAAGUUUUUUAUCAUAAUUAGCAGAAAGAGCUAGGAGCUCCAACGGUAUCUCAAUAUUUCAUCCAGCACUUGUGGGUUUUUCUUUUUCCUUUUUUUUUUUUUCCUUUUUUUUCCCCCUUUUUUUUUUUUUUUUUUCCUUAAAGCUCAGCCUGUGGUUAACUCUUUGUAUACUGGAAUCAUCGGAGAUCCAUUGCUGGCAAUGGAUGCACGAAAACCUUAUGCCAUGAAAGGAUUAAGAGAAAAGGCUAACUCAGUGACCUGAAAAGACUCUGUUGGCUUGCCUUUUAUAAUUCCAUCUCAUCAGAUAUUUUCAGCAUAGCUGUUGUUUUCCUGUCUAAAUCCAGAGGGGUCAACACUACAGAUCCAAGAGAAAGAAACGAAUACUUUAUAGCCUUAAAGAAACAAGUGCUUGUGCAGAAAGAGGGCACGUGCCCAAAGAAGAGGUUGUGCAAUAGUGUGCAGGCUUUGGUCCACCACUGAUGUCUUCUUGCAGUCUUUCCUGCUGGUUCACAAGGAGAGGACCCAAAAGUGAAGCCAAGUGAAAACAGCAAUGGAAAGACAGAAGAAAGGACCCCAUUUUGUGUUCUGUGGAAAAUGUGAUUUUUUGCUUGCUUACCAAUCUUUUAGCAAUUGUGCAUUUGCUUUAUGUAUUUCAGAAAACCAGCAUUAGACAGGUUGUUUGACUGGGGAAACUAAAACACAGAAUCAUAUGUAAAACCUGCUUAAUUUUGGUGAUACUGCAGCUCUCGGUCCUUUAGGUGCUGUGAGAGUGAUUUUGGGAGUGAUUUUUCACCACAAGUCAUUGGUAACACGAGAGCUGGAGUUGUUGUUUAUGAUUCCCAGGCAGGGAUUACCACCAACAUUCCCUGGGGUAGUUGACAGUACAAAGAAAUACAGAAACCUGAGAGAUAGGAUUCUUUUUGGGAAAAAAAAAAAAA